UCGAAAAUUUAAAAUAAGCGUUCGUUGAAACUGCAAAAAGUGUGCUUUUGUGAUCGCAUGUGAAUCGUUCAUUAAAAUCGUUUAACUAUUUGUAAAAAGUAGUAAAGUGUGCCAUUAAGUUUAGGCUAUGGUAGGACUCGAUAUAGACGAAGGAAUUACUUCCGUACUAGAAAUAAAAGCGACUGUUACAACGAUUGCAGCCAACGAUCAAAAUGCAGAAAAGCGUAAAACCGAGGACAGUAUGCCAAAAAACGACGUAAAACGAUUGGCUUUCGGGGAUGUGACAAAUGACGCCCUAUUUCGCCAGACGCAGAACGAUGUCCAUAGAGCUACUUUGAAGGAUUCGAUUGAUUCAAAGGUUGCAUUAUUGGCCGCCACCCAAUGGAUUAUGAACAGCGAUGCGAUUAUUCUUCGCGAACCAGUGCCGCAUCAAGAGCGUGAUAAUCAGCUUACAGGCAAAUCCGAUGCAUUCAAGCCACAUCCAAAUGUCCUACAAACUCUCCCGAUGGAAACCAGCUCCCAGCAACAGCAUGUGGACACCAAUUCCUUCGAAGCCAGUACUAAUGAGGAAUCUAAUUGCGCCGAUUGUACGUUGAAGUCCGAGCUAUCCGGUUUAGAAGAGAACAUCGUGAAAAGCGACAACUGUUCCGACGACCGCAAGGUAUCAAAUACCACUGCAAGCGCUGUGGAUCUGCUGACCAAACCAGAGCAGUCGGAAGAUACGAAUAAAGAAAUAUUUACUAAAAACGACAAAGGCGUGAAACGAUUGGCUUUCGGUGAUGUAACAAAUGACGCCCCAUUUCACCAGACGCAGAGCAAUGUCCAUAAAGCUACUUUGAAGGAUUCGAUUGAAUCGAAGGUUGGGUUAUUGGCCGCAACCCAACGGAAAACAAACAGCGAUGCGAUUAUUCUUCGCGAGCAAGUGCCGGAGCAAAAGUGUGAUAAUGAGCUUACUACAGGUAAAUCCGAUGUAUUGCAGUCACAUCCAAAUGUCCUACAAACUUUCCCGAUAGCAACCAGCACCCAACAAACAUAUGUGGAUACGAAUCCAUUCGAAGCCAGUACCGAUGUGAAACUUAAUUACGCCGAUUGUACGUUGAAGUCCGAGCUAUCCGGUUUAGUAAAUAACAUCGUGAAAAGCGACAAGGGUUUCGACAACGAAAAGUUAUCAAUUACCACUGCAAACGCUGUGGACCUGUUGAUCAAGCCAGAGCAGUCGGAAGGUACUAAUAAAGAAAUACCUACUAAAAAGAAUUUGACAUCGCCGAUCGAAAAGAUACCAAAAAUUUAUGAUUUUGACCAACGAUACAGAAACCAUGUGCAUCUGGUACCCAACUAUGCUUUCGAAAUCUUCGAAUAUCUGAAAGAUCGUGAAAAGCAUUUUAUUAUACCGGAUUAUAUGACCAAGCAGCCAUAUAUUCUCGAAUGGACACGAGCGAUGCUUGUCGAUUGGAUGGUAGAUGUUAUUGAACAAUUCGAGUUAUACCACGAGACUCUCUAUCUAGCGGUGAAGAUUGUCGAUAUCUAUCUUUCGCGUGCAAUAAUCGAAAAAGAAUAUAUGCAAUUGCUCGGGGCAACCGCUCUGUUUGUUGCUAGUAAGUACGAGGAACACAGACCGCUGUUGUCGAACGAUUUGCACUACAUCUGUGACGAUGCAUUCGAACGCUACGACUUGAUACUAAUGGAGAUAAAGGUUUUAAAUACAAUCGGACACGAACUGGGCAUUCCAAUCUCAUAUCGCUUUCUUCGUCGCUACGCUCUUGCCGGUAGAGUCAGCUUGCCGGUAUUAACCCUAGCACGCUACAUCCUAGAAUCAGCUUUGAUGUAUUACGGGUUCAUACAACUGAGUGACUCUAAAAUGGCCUGUGCAGCACUGUUCAUAGCGAUGCGGAUGAACAAUCUGCCGGGCUGGAAUAAAACUUUAGAGCACUAUACAGGUUAUAAAACUGGAGAUUUUGCAAUGAUUAUUGUACGUUUGAAUCAAGUUUUAUUGAAGAAGCCGGUUGAGAGGCCAAGUAGAAUACGGUGCAAAUACUCAAAGAAAGAACUUUUCGAGGUGGCUAAAAAAGCGCCGAUAACGGACCUGUCGAAACUAUUUGAGAUGACAGGCUUUGGAAUAAAGCUUUCAUCAGAUAUUUCGUCCGCCAUAGGCACACCACCGGACAUCGAAGCUUCGCCAGCGGCCACCACCGCAGUGUAAGAUCGUUCCAACACGUUCCAGUGCUGUUGUUACGGUUUUUUUAUAUAUAUUUUUAGAAACGAUCUCAUAUAUGAUCUUAAUGAACUGACCAUUAACUGAUUUCAGCAAUAACUAUCUGUUAACUACUUAAACUUAUGUAUCGAAAGACGUGCAGCUCACUUUGAAGCAUUAUUGUAGUUACUGUUUUUUAUUUCCUAAAAAUAUUUGUUAAACAUCUUCUACAACUACUUUAUUUAUAAACUAACCACAUCACUCAUGAUGAUGUUCUCGAAAGGGGACGUGACAACGAUCAAAGAUACGAAGAGCGCACCACGUGAUCUUUCAUUGUUCAUUGACUUUCAUAUUCCAUCACUGCUAUUAAAUAUAAUUUUAUCAGGUUGAAAAUUAUUGUUAUCAAAAAUUAUUCGAUUUUACGUUAGAACAAGCAGUGAAAAAUCGAGUGGUACUUGAUAGUUUAGCGAUUUGUUUCCAAUUAACAUUUCUCUAGUAAAAAACUGCUAAAAAAAGCGAAAACGUUUUGUGUGGGAGAAUAAAUUGGUUAGUUAUCACUAAGAGUUAGAGAUAGAAUCUGUG